CACCAACCCAAAGUCACAUAAUCACGCGCCAUGGCCUUUACAGCGCUGAACACACAGGCGCCGCAUCCGCCGGAGAUUGAGAGUGCCUUUGCUGGCAACCACGAGCUGCGGAAGCGUGUGCACGCGGCAAUUGACCAAAAUCCUACGCAGGGCACCCUUUUCCGCGACAUUUCCACGUAUAUUCUCAAUCAGACAUCGACCUCGACCUCAGCCUCAAACGUACAACCCCCAGCGGAGCCUGCGGCCAAGAAGCGCAGGCUAGAAGACAGCAACGACGCGCAGAACAGCUCCACGGCGACAGGCGGAGGCAGCCUUACCACCGCCGCGACAAAAGCAUGGCGCUCCUACCCCGGCGUUAGCUUCUCCAUCCCACAGCGCAAGAAGUUUACACUCGAGCUGCUCGACACAAAAGACGGCGGGAUCAGGGCAGUAGGCCCAAGUGGGAACGUCGAAUUUGCCAUUGCGUGGAAAGACGUGGACCAGGUCUUCUGCCUGCCUGUGCCGGAGAAGGCGAAGAAGCAGCACAACUUUGUCGUCAUACCCGUGCACGGCGACGGUGUCAACCCUGUGCCCGACGAGCUGAAGGCGUCGGUGCAAGAGCCCAUGGUGUGGACGUUUGAGGAGGCGACGGGUAAGAACGUCGUCGAGGGCGAGGAUCCAGGGCCAGGACCCAUGGCUGAUGCGCUACGCCACUGUCUGAAGCAGGCUGGCACACGAAAGAACGUUGUCUUCCCCGACGCCGACGACUUCUCCAGCGCCGUCCCAGAGAGCCAUCGAAAGAGCGAGAAGGCGUAUCACGUCAAGGCGCACAGGGGGAGCAAAGAAGGCUACCUCUUCUUCACUUCCGUAGGCAUCCUGUACGGCUACAAGAAACCUCUGGCCUUCUUCGACUUCGCCGCUGUCAACAGCAUAUCCUACACUGCCGUCCUGCGCAACACAUUCAACCUCGUCAUCACUACACCCACACAGGAAAUCGAGUUUGGCAUGCUCGACCAAGCAGACUACGCCGGCAUAAACGACUAUGUCCAGAAACACGACCUGCAGGAUGCCAGUCUGGCUGCAGCACGACGCGCCAAGAAGCUCAACAUCAAUAAGACGGAUAAGAACAAAGAGAAUGGGGCAGAGUCAAACGGCGGUGAUGCUGCGGGUGCAGAGGACGACGAGUCGGAGAUUCAGAAAGCCGAGCGGCUGUUGCAAGAACAGGAAGAUGAAGAAGACGAGGACGAAGAGGACUACGAUCCUGGGAGUGAGGGUGAGAGUGAGGGCUCAGGGUCCGACUCGGAAGAUGAGGAAGGCGGGGAGGGGUAUGAGGAUGCUGACAUGGAAGAACAAGGCGAAGGUGAAGAGAUGGAAGAAUAAUAGCUAUCAUAAUCCUCAGGAGAACAUCAUUUCUCUUCACUUCGUGAUCCUCGCUCAACGCGCGCACAAACACAUCCUCAUCUCCCCUCCCUUUAGCACCCCUGUCUUUGCCUCUCCCAACCUGACCUCCGUUUUGUACACGAUGAACCACGCCAAACAAUGCGCAAUCAAUAUCGCAAAGCCAAAUACAAACAAUACAAAAGCCAUCGCAGCAAUGCCAAUCUUCAAUACUGACAUGCCCGCUUGUGGAUUCUUCUUCUUCGACACAGAUGACAGAACAG